GGCUUGACAAUCCCAACUACCCCUUCAUCCCCAUCAUUCCAUACCAAACCCCUUCCUUGUCUAAUUAAAUGUUGCGGUGUGGUGUGGUGAUGCAAAUGUAUACACAAUAACUCAAAAGACACAGAGAUUUAGGGAGAAGGAAGAAAGAAAGAAAGAAAAAAGAAAAUAAAUGGAGAAACAUUAUGGAAGUAUAUAUGAAGUAGGAGUUAAAGAAAUAAUUGAAGUUGGAGGAUUAUGUACCGAAGAAGCUGAAGCAUUUCACAAACAACUUAAACAGGCUAUUAAUGGAGGAGCCAGAGGAAGAGGAGGACAAGGAUCAAAUCCUACUAAUUAUGAUAUUUGGUUUGAGAUACAAGCUCAACAAUUACUAAAACCAUCUCACCCACAUAGUCUACACCAGCUUAUCUAUUACAGUGUUUACUCUAAUUUGGAGAAGGUCUCCACCAAUGCUCUUCCAUUUUAUUGGUUCCCUUCUCUGUUUCAUGCCAGACAAACAAAUUUAGGUAGAUUCAUGGAAGCUCAUGGUCCAAAGCUUUUGGGUGAUUCAUAUCAAGACCCAAUUACCAGUUAUAAUGUCUUCCACAAGUUCUCAGUUGAGCAUCCAGAGGUUUACUGGUCAUUAGCUCUAAAAGAGCUUUCGAUCAUAUUUCGUCAAGGCCCGAAAUGCAUUCUAGAUACCACUGAUAAGUCGAAGCUGGGAGGAACAUGGCUGCCUGGUGCAGUUUUAAAUAUUGCUGAAUGCUGUCUUCUACCUGUGAAUCAUCCUAAGAAAGAUGAAGAUAGCGUGGUGGUUGUAUGGAGAGAUGAAGGUUCAGACGAGUUCCCUGUCAAUCAUUUGACGCUGAAGGAACUUAGAGACAAAGUAAUGCUUGUAUCUAAUGCUCUGGAAGGGAUGUUUUUGAAGGGUGAUGCAAUUGCUAUAGACAUGCCGAUGACAGUGACUGCAGUUAUCAUUUACUUAGCAAUUUUGCUCGCAGGAUUUAUUGUUGUAUCCAUUGCUGACAGCUUUGCUCCAAAAGAAAUUGCGACACGUUUGCGAGUAUCCAAAGCUAAGGGCAUCUUCACUCAGGAUUUUAUUGUAAGAGGAGGAAGAAAAUUUCCUCUUUAUAGCCGUGUUGUAGCAGCUGAUUCAUGUAAAGCUAUCGUAAUCCCUGUCAAUGGGAAGGAUGUAGGAGUUCAAUUAAGGGAGCAGGAUUUGUCGUGGAAAAUUUUCCUUUCUUCUGUUGAUCACCUUUCAAGUCCAAACUAUUACUCUACGGUUUACCAGCCUAUCGAUUCAGUAACGAAUAUUCUCUUUUCAUCAGGAACCACAGGAGGUCCAAAAGCUAUCCCAUGGACACAACUUUCUCCAAUGCGUGCUGCAGCUGAUUCAUGGGCAUUUUGCGAUUGCCAAACUGGAGAUGUCUUCUGUUGGCCUACAAAUCUCGGUUGGGUUAUGGGACCUAUUUUAUUAUAUUCUUGCUUUCUCAAUGGCAGUACUCUCGCUCUCUAUCAUGGCUCUCCUCUCGAUCGUGGUUUCGGAAAAUUUGUUCAGGAUGCAGGUGUGACUAUUUUAGGUACAGUGCCAAGCCUCGUAAAAACUUGGAAGAACACUCGAUGUAUGGAUGGUCUUGACUGGACACAGAUAAGGUUAUUUGCCUCUACUGGAGAAGCCUCAAAUGUAGAUGAUGAUCUAUGGCUUUCUUCGAGAUCUUAUUACAAGCCCAUCAUUGAAUGUUGUGGAGGUACCGAGCUUUCAUCUUCAUAUAUUCUAGGAAGCUUGUUACAGCCACAAUCUUUUGGAGCAUUCAGCACAGCAUCAAUGACACCAGGGUUUGUCAUUCUUGAUGAGCAUGGUGUCGCUCAUCCAAGUGAUCAACCUUGUGUUGGAGAGGUCGGUUUAUUUUCUCUCUAUAUGGGAGCUACUAAUAGGUUGCUUAAUGCUGAUUUUGAAAAAGUUUACGUCAAAGGAAUGCCUACACACAAUGGAAUGCAACUCAGAAGGCAUGGAGAUAUACUUAAGAGAACGGCUGAUGGGUAUUUUGUAGUUCAGGGUAGAGCUGAUGACACCAUGAAUCUUGGCGGCGUCAAGACAAGCUCAGUUGAAAUUGAACGUAUAUGUGAUCGAGCAUCCGAGAGUGUGCUAGAGACUGCUGCAAUUAGCAUUGCACCAGUAAAUGGUGGGCCUGAACAAUUGGUUAUAUUUGUGGUACUAAAGAAAGAAUCAGACAUUAAACCAGAACAGUUGAUGGGAAAAUUCUCAAGAGCCAUCCAAGCCAACCUUAACCCCUUAUUCAAGGUGAAGUAUGUUAAGAUUGUCAAGGAGUUUCCUCGAACUGCCACCAACAAAUUGUUACGCAGAGUAUUGCGGGAUCAAAUAAAGCAUGAUCCUUUCAUAUCGAGUCGUCUUUAAAUGGCGUUUUAUUAUGUUGCAAUACUCCCCACAUGAAAGCAUUCUGCGCAAGUAGCCAGUCAGAAGUUCCCUAAAAGAUGAUAUGUUGUCGGUGCAAGCCAAAAACUAAAAUAAAUAGAACUGUAUGUUAUUCCUAAUUUCUGCAAGAAGUUUCUUAUCUUAACAAGUGAACCUGUGUGAGGAUUCUGGAAGAAUUUUGAGUACAUUCAAUCACGUGUGUUAUUCUCAAUUUCUGCAAAAAGUUUCUAAUGCCCAAAACUUAUGUUUAGCAAUACCCGUUUAUGGUGUUGCAGGUUUAUUAAUAGAAGUGAGAUUUGA